CGACGACGUUAUCGGUCCAGCAGUCAGUCGUUGUCUGUUCGGCUAACCGUCGUGUCGUCGUGUCCGCUCUCGCGUCGUCGUCUCGUCCGUUAAGUUAUCGACGUGUUUCGUAAUAAAUAAUAUAAAUAAUUAUAUUAUUAUAAUAAGUGACCCCAUACCGCCUCCGCCGGAUCGCAACGCAUAAUAUAAUCUGUACAUUUUCCGAUAGUAACAGUCGUCGGUAGCGAAAAAAAUUGUGAUAAUAUCGCCCGGUUUCGUCUUUCGGUCGUUUAACGCGGUGAAAUAGGAUUUUCAAAAAGUUUUAUUGUCGACCACCCGCCAUCACCUCCGAAAACCAUGACCGUUUCCCGCGGAUUGCUGGCUCGCGCAGCCGUCGCCCUGUCUCCUGUUCUGCUGCUCCUGCUCCUGUUCCGCGGAACGACCGCGGCGGCGGUACAGGACUUGGUGUUUGCCGACGAGGACUUGAUGAAAGCUUCGCCACUCACAGUGGCCCAAUGCCGUGCCGGAUGUUUGCACAAGUUGGUGCCCAGAGACGUAGAGGCCACGGAAUGUGAGAAGAAAUCGGACUGCUGGAAGUGUUGGAAGUAUUGUGAAGUACUGCAGACCGAAGGCAAGAACAUGAAGAACAUUUGCGAACAUAACUGUGACGUGGGUUGCCAGGAAGCCUGUUCGUUCCACGACUGGCACGGAGGAUCACAACCCAGCCCCGUGGUGGAGGCCCGAGGUGAACGUGCACUGACCAUCGAUUCAGGUACGCUACGUUGGCCGCGGCCAGCCGACCUACUCUCGUCGUCCUCGCAACGUCUGGUGUACGUGAUCAUGCGACGCCGGGACCCGGGAACCCGGCGCACGUGGUCCCAACUGGGCCAGACGCCCGGCUACAAGGCACGCCUGCCCAAAACGACAGCACCGUGGACGGUCCGCGUGCUCGCAGUCUCGGCAGAGGGUCUGGUGACCAUAUUCAGCCCUGCACCGGCCACCGCCACUUCCGUUCUACGUGUUCCUGUUGAGUCCGUGGCCGCGAGGGCUGCUGCGUCCGCCGCCUCGCCACAGCUGGAUCUCACAGCCACCCCACCACCCACACUGUCAUCUCCAACGGCUGCCGCCGUUUUGCACGACCUCCGCGACGCCGACAUCAUUAUCAGGAGCCUCGGCCGAGACCAGAUUCUCGGUAUCCGGUUACCGUUGGCCGCCAGGUCGGCGCCCCAGGAAGAGUCUCUCCGCCUCAUGGGAGACGACGAUCCAUCGGACACUUCGGAAGUGUGGAACCUGCGCGAAGUGUCGAUGAUCCAUCAGAAGGUGUUGGUGAUCGCCGAGGUGGCGUGGGACGCCCGACAAGUCCACCGUCCCGCUUACCUAGUCACUUGGGAGAUCGAUGGCGGCGGCCUGAAGGGCAACUUGUUCACGGACACCACGUGCGUCACACUGUCCCUGUGGCCAGACACCGCAUACCUCAUACAGGUGUCUCUGCUGGGUGGAGCCGAUGAGUCAGUGAAAAUGUCCACCAGCCCGACGCUGCUGUUGGACACCAGGAGCGCUGUGCACUCGACGGCCGCUGCGGUGGAAGUCACUACGGCGGCGGCUGCGGUGGCGGCCGAGGCGGCGGAGAUGGCUGCUUCGGACCGUUGGAGCGACGACAGUGGUUCAGACGAAGACGAAGACGCGGCGGCUGUUGUAGCGGCGGCCGGAGUGGACACUGUGGCCGUGAUGGCCGGGGAGGAGGACGUGACGGCCGAGCUAUCGGCGCCCGUGGCCGUGGCCGCCGGGCUAGGGCACGCCGAGUGGCAGCUGUUGGCCGCGGCCGGAGCCGGCGUGGCCGUGUUCCUGUUGCUGGCCCUCGUCCUGGCCUACCGCAGCACCGGCGGCGCAUCGCCCGCUCUCCACAAGGUGGUCAGACACGACGACGCCGAGUGUCCACCCCUGUUGGACUACGCGCCCCGACCGCUGGACUUUUCCAAAUAUUUGGGCCGUUGUCGGAGGUCCCAUCAACUGCUCGACGAGGACGCCGCAUCGCAGCAAGAACAACCGACCGUGACGCACGUCCGGCAUUAAAAAUAUUAUUUUAUAUAAUAUUAAUUAAUUAAUUAGGUAUAAUAUAUUAUAUUGUAACAUUAUUGGGUGUCGCGGGUACAGUCUUCAUACGCCGCGGCCGUCGUUGUCCCGGCGCUGCCGAUAAUAUAUAUAUAUAUAUAUUUAUGAUAUAGGUGUUAUACCAUUUCGUUUCACCGGAGUCCUAACCAAUGUUUUUGUCCCCUUAAUCUAUUUUGUUUUGUAUAAAUAUUUGUG